CAGAAUGGGAUUAGUUCAGUCCGUCAGUAGCGCAGUUUCUCUUCAUUUUCUUUUCCUUUUAAACCUUUUGUGUUUGUUGUUUUAGAAAGAACAACACUUUACUCCUGAAUGGAAUAAAAAAGUGGACGGUGCUGAAUAAAGAAAGUAAGGGGGUGCCAUGCCGGCCACCGCUCCUCUGCUGCUCCCGCUCACCAUCUGCUGGUGGACCCUGGCGCUGCUCCUGUUGAGGCCCCCUUUGCCACUCCUCGCCCUCAACAGCGCCCCAACCUUCGUAUCCCUCAACAAUUCACGCCUCAACCACCUCUUGCUGCACCCCGGCUCAGGUCACGUCUACGUGGGCGGUGUCAAUGCGCUCUACCACCUCUCCUCGAAUCUCCAGCUUCUCUCCUGGGGUAAAACAGGGCCUGAGCUGGACAGCCCUGACUGCUUACCCCCGAUUGAGAAAGAGGACUGCAGCCAGGCGCGCGAAACCGACAACACCAACCAGCUUCUGCUGCUGGAGGAGAAAGAGGGGUCGCGACCCAACAGCCUGAUCGUGUGUGGCACCGUGCUGCAAGGCAUCUGCGAGAAGCGAAGCCUCGCCAAUGUCUCUGUGGUGCUGUACCAAACACCCAACCCUGUGGACACACAGUACGUAGCUGCAAAUGACCCACGCGUCUCCACCGUAGGUGUGCUCACCGAGCACAAGGGCUUGCACCUCAUGCUCGUGGGACGGGGCUACACCAGCAAAGGUCCUGGCGGCAUUCCUCCGAUCACGACGCGGCGUCUAGAGCAGCAUCUGUCCAUUCCCACAUUCUCACACGAAGAACUGGGCAAGCUCGUUGUGGGCAGCUAUUCGGAUUAUAACAACCAGUUCGUAAAGGCGCUGCGUCACGGGGCGCAUAUUUAUUUUCUGUUCUGGCGCCGCGACGUCAGGAAAACCCGCGAGUAUCGGACUUACGUGUCACGCCUCUGCGCCGGAGAUCCAAGUUUUUACUCCUACGUGGAGGUGCCACUGGCCUGCGAAGGUGGUUACAACCUGGCGCAGGCAGCUGCGAUGGGCAGUCACCAUGGAGAUGCCUCCCUCUUUGUUGCCAUGGCAGUGGGACAGGCGUCGACUCCAGGGCCCACAGGACGCUCGGCUCUGUGUGUGUACAGCAUGGAAAGACUGGACAAGGCACUGCAGCAGGCGCAGCUUCUGUGCUACACUAAGGAAGGAAAAGAUGGAAACCGGGAGGAGGCCUACAUCGAGUACGAGGUUUCCUCCAAGUGCAUCAAGCUUCCUGAGAACUCAGUGAACGACUACCUAUGUGGAGGUGAACACACACCCAGCCCCAUUGCAAGCGCAAUCCCACUGCAAGCCUCACCUGUCAUCACCCGGACAAACCAGAUCACGGCUGUCGCGGUAGCAUCUGAGGCCGGCCACACCAUUGUUCUCCUUGGGGACAAGAGUGGACAACUACACAAGGUGUUUCUUCAUGCGAAUGGUACAGGUGCUCUGUAUGAAUCUGUAGAAGUGGAUACCCAAAGUCCCAUCAACGCUGACCUGCUGCUGGACUCCACCGGCCACAGUGUUUAUGUCAUGACAGAGAGAAAGGUAUCACGGCUGCCGGUAGCCCAAUGUGAGAGCCACUUAGACUGUCACUCCUGUCUCUCAGUUAGAGACCCUUACUGUGGGUGGUGCUCACUGGAGGGCAGGUGUACACGGAAGCAUCAGUGUGCUCGCCAUACACAGCCUCAUCAUUGGCUGUGGAGUUACGGCCAUGACAGGCAGUGCGUGUCCAUUCAGAGUCUGGAUCCUCCAAUACAAAGCCGAGAAGAGCAAACACAGGUUUCUUUUGCUGUGCAGCCACUGCCAGCAUUGUCUGAAAAUGACUCGCUAUCUUGUGCUUUCGGAAAUUUGCCCACCGAGCCUGCCGUUGUAAAGGGGAACACAAUCAACUGUCAGUCACCUUCACCUAUGCUUCUCCCUCUGAGCCCACAGGGCAGUGAUCACAUGGUUAUAAGACUAGCACUGAUGUUCGGAAAAGUGGCCAUCUCUCACACUAAUGUCACCUUCUAUGACUGCAAAGCUGUAGGCAAGCUCAACGCUACCUCACCGUGCAUGGCGUGUGUGAGCAGCGUGUGGCCGUGUCACUGGUGUGCUCGAGAAGAACACUGUACUCACAAUCACAGCUGCUCCCAGCAACACAUUAUUUACAACAACAAGGAGGAGUUGGAACCUCGUGGUGCAGAUGCAUGCCCCUGUGUGUGGGCUCCACAAAGUUCCUUAUUGAUUCCGGUUGGAGUCGACUCUCAGCUGUCACUGCAUGGCAAAAACCUGGACAUAUUUGAGGAUGAGGAGAACUACAAGUGUGUGGUGGUGAUUGAGGGCCAGGAGAUACUAUUACCUGCCACCCUGGACAGCAGCGGUGAAACUGGCACACACGUCUUCAAGUGCACCACUCAUCAGUUUCAGUACACAGUGAAGCAGAUGGAAUAUUUGGCACCGGUGUAUUUACAGAGAGGCUCUCAACGUAUAGACUCCGCUCCACACCUGCGCCUGCAACUGUACAACUGCUCAGUGGGUCAGUCAGACUGCAGUCAGUGCCGUGCUGUGCCGGAGCAAUACGGCUGUGUGUGGUGUGGAGGAGAAACUCCAAGCUGUGUGUUUAACCAGUCCUGCUCCAGUCCUACUACAGAAUCCUGUCCUCCACCACUAAUUACUGAGGUGUGGCCACUAACGGGCCCAUUGGAAGGGGGGAUUAUGGUCACUAUUUUGGGCUCUAACCUGGGUCAGCGCUUUCAGGACAUCCAGGAUGGAGUCACAGUGGCUGAAGUUCCCUGCAAACCUCUACGCAGUGCCUACCGCAUAUCAACGCAGAUCAUGUGUGAGCUCCAGCCCUCUGCACAUGUAACCGCAGGACCUAUAGUGGUGACUGUGGGCAGCUCAAAGGAAGGCCUUUCCCAGCAGACCUUCACUUACCAGAACCCAGAGCUAAGGCAUAUCAUACCCAGUAAAGGCCCUAUGGCCGGUGGUACCAGGCUCACUGUGUACGGCUCUCGUCUUCUCACUGGACAGGCCACUGACCUACAGGCAUUUGUGGGCACCCAGCCUUGUCACAUUGUGGAAGGAGUGAGUGACACACAGUUGGUGUGCCGCACCAGCCAUUCAAACGAAACUGCAAAAAUGCCUGUCAGAGUGCAGUUUGGAAAAGCAGUAAGGACUGUGGGUAACGACUUCUUUCAUUAUCUGGAGGAUCCGGUUAUCACUGACGCGAAUCCUGCUGAGAGCUUCUAUGGGGGUGGGCGAAACAUAACAGUAAUUGGACAGAACCUGGAUGUGGUCCAGCAGCCGCUGAUGUCCAUCUUCUAUGAGACACCGGUCAGGAGACGCCGAUACAGCCGCACCUCAGCCCGGAAUGUUCCCAACAGCACUGUGGACACGAGAAAAGAGCUCUGUGUUAAAGUUAGCUCAGAGAAGAUGAGCUGUUUGAGUCCCCCAGUGCCGCAGGACUCCCGUGUUGUGAGAGUUUGGUUCGAGAUGGACAACGUGCAUUUGGACUUUGAGAGUAUCAAGGGCACAGUGUUUACAUACCAUCCUAACCCAAUGUUGCUCAGACUGAACCGUGAGGACCCAGCCGCUCCCAUUCGCUUCAAACCUGGAGGAGUCCUCGCUGUGGAGGGGAAGGGUCUGACUCUGGCUAUGAGUAAGGAUGAGGUGGCAGCUUGGCUUGGCGAUAAAGUGUGUGAUGUGAAAACUCUGGAUGAUACUCAUCUGUACUGUGAACCACCAGAGGAGCAGCCACUCAGUGUGGACCAUGAAGAACUGCCCAGCCUGAGGGUGAUGAUGGGCCAGCUGGAGUUUAAUUUGGGCACAGUGGAGUAUGACAGCGGUACUCACUCACCUGUACCUUUGGAGGCACAGGUUGGACUGGCUGCAGGAGCAGCCGUGGUUGUACUCAUCGUCCUCAUCAUCAUCCUCAUGUACAGGAGGAAAAGCAAACAAGCAAUGAGAGACUAUAAAAAGGUUUUGGUUCAACUGGAAACUCUGGAGAUCAAUGUUGGAGACCAGUGCAGGAAGGAGUUUACAGACCUAAUGACCGAGAUGAUGGACUUGAGCAGUGACGUUGGGGGUCCGGGUAUACCGUUCCUAGACUACCGAACGUAUGCCGAGCGCAUUUUCUUCCCCGGCCAGAGAGGGGCACCACUGAGUCAGAACUUGGACCUGCCUGAAUCUCGCAGACAGACUGUGGAGCAGGGCCUGAGGCAGCUUAACAACCUACUUAACAACAGACUCUUCCUUACAAGGUUCAUUCACACCCUGGAGGAGCAGCAGAACUUUUCCCAGCGAGACCGUGGCUACGUUGCAUCACUUCUCACCAUGGCUCUCCAUGAUCAGCUUGAGUACUUUACUGACGUCAUGAAGACUCUGCUGGGGGAUCUGGUACAGCAGUACGUGGCCAAAAAUCCCAAGCUGAUGCUGCGCAGGACUGAGACUGUGGUGGAGAAGAUGCUCACAAACUGGAUGUCGAUCUGUCUCUAUUCUUUCCUUAAGGAGGUAGCAGGUGAGCCUCUGUACAUGCUGUAUAGGGCUAUAAAGUAUCAGGUGGACAAAGGACCAGUGGAUGUUGUGACGGGUAAAACCAAGCGCACCCUUAAUGACAGCCACCUACUCAGAGAGGACAUAGACUACAGCUCAGUAACUUUGACAGUGCUGGUUAAAAGUGGGGUGGAGGUGCAGCCAUUUCCAGUUAAGGUUCUGGACAUCGACACCAUCACUCAAGUAAAAGACAAGAUCCUGGACCAGAUCUACAAAGGAGCUCCAUUUUCUCAAAGACCCUCUGCUGACUCACUAGAUCUUGAGUGGCGAUCAGGACAAGCAGGUCACCUGACCCUGUCUGAUGAUGAUGUCACAGCAGUUGCACAGGGUAACUGGAAGCGGAUCAACACUUUACAGCACUACAAAGUUCCAGACGGAGCCACAGUAGCUCUCAUUCCUCGUUCAAGUUCUGGUGUCACCGGCAUUAAUCAGAUCUUCCAGACUGGAGAAAAAACACCCAUGUUAGAGAGUGAAGAGGAGGAGGGUCUCCGUCUCUGGCACUUGGUGAAGUCAAGCGAGGAUCCUGAAAUCCCCAAGCACAGGAAAAGCAGUAUGAGAGAGCGAGAACGUGCCAAAGCCAUUCCGGAGAUUUAUCUUACAAGGUUGCUCUCAAUGAAGGGAACUCUGCAAAAGUUUGUGGAUGACGUGUUUGUGGCUAUCCUGAACACCAAACGGCCACCUCCCAUCGCUGUCAGGUUCUUCUUUGAUUUUCUGGAUGACAUGGCAGAGAAGCAUGGCAUUGAUGACCCAGAGACUGUACAUAUAUGGAAAACUAACAGUUUACCUCUACGUUUUUGGGUGAACAUCCUGAAGAACCCUCAGUUUGUGUUUGACGUGCAGGUCACAGACAGUGUGGACGCUGUCCUUUCCGUCAUUGCUCAGACCUUCAUCGACUCCUGCACCACCUCCGAGCACAAAGUGGGCCGGGAUUCUCCUGUUAACAAGCUGCUGUAUGCUCGAGAAAUUCCUCGUUACAAGCAGCUGGUGGAAAGGUACUACAGUGAUAUUCACAGUGCUGCAUCAGGAUGCUAUCAGGAGAUGAACUCCAUGCUCACUGAGCUAUCAGGGAGCUUUGCUUCAGAGAUGAACAGCCUGGUGGCUUUGCACGAGUUGUAUAAGUACAUUAACAAGUAUUACAAUCAGAUUAUCAUGGCUCUGGAGGAUGAUCCUGCAGGGCAGAAAAUUCAGUUAGGUUACAGGCUACAGCAGGUCGCCGCUCUAGUGGAGAACAAAGUCACCGACCUUUGAACUUUUGGCCCUUGCUCCAGUGCAGGGUCUUCAACAAGCGAAUUGCAGGGUCUUCAACAAGCGAAUUGACAACUGACCAAGAGGGGAUAUCCAGCUCUCUUCCUUCCCUGCCUGCUUUCUUAAACGGACUUGGGCAUCAGCUUUGUGGAUUUCUUUUAAAAACGGUGACUGAGUAAGGCUGACAUGCCAGGUUUAAGCUACAAGGGGGGAAUCACACAUGAUGUGAGAUCAAAUAGCACAUGAGGGUUUUUUUAUCUGCACACUGAACUGCUUUUACUAAUGUUUUAUGACAUUCAGUGCUCAUCUGAUAUGCUUGUGUGUGUGUGCUAGUGUGCAUGAAUGGUAGGUUUAAUCUUUGGUUACAGUUUAGACCAUUGUCUCUUGAUGGUUGUAAAAUAGCAGUUGAGUAAUUUAUAAGUUCAUAUGAACAAUCUGGAAUAUUAAUCAGGUUUUUAUAUUUAGAAUUUUUAAAAUGUAUGACAAAUGAACUCAAAUCAAAUGAUAAAGCACAAGUACCGUAACGGUGCCAUAACAGGUGCAAAAGAGCACAAUUAUUACAGCACAAGGUGUGCAUGUGUGGAGAAAUCUGUAAGUAGGUUGUGUUUGUGUAUCUUUUUUAGUCACCACAUGGAAUUUCAUCUUUUUUCAACAUGUGGCUUCAUCUAGAUCUAAAUGCACUGAAAGACUGCUGAUUUCUUUUUUUAUUAAUUACUUAUUUCUGUUUUUAUUUAUUUAUUAUCACUA